AUGGCACAUAUUUCACAAGCUAAUUCAAGAUAUCCUAUACAGCGCGCAUUAGAGUAUAUCACAGAACCAUCAUUAAUCCCAACUUUCCCCGAUGAAAUCCUUUAUGUUCUCGCCGCAUCGUCGAAGCAGGAUGACGGCCUUGCCAUAGCAUACUAUGUCACCGUCCAACCGCCACUCGCUUCCCAGAAGGUCCUGAAUGCGUAUUUCGCUACCUUAUGCCGGACAGGUGUUCCAGAGGCAUUUUAUUUCUUAAGACAGCAACCCGAAGAUAGCAGCCCCGCGCUCUUGGAGCAACUUAUCACCUUUGUGCUAUCUACAAAGGCAGGGGAGUUGAGGGCAAAGCGGGCAAUGGACCUAAUAAACCUACCGUUUAGCGAGGUCGAGGAGGAGUGCUUCAAUGACCUUUUAUUGCGCGGCAACGCAAAGAAUCUGCAUGGGGCUAGGGAUACGGUCAUGAUGAGGCGAGUUGCUACCGGACGCCUGGAAAACCUGGAUAGCGAGUUAGAGUCACUGGGAGGGCGCAGGCUAGAAGGCCUUAACUGGGACGACCUGAAGAGGAAUCUUAAGUCGAGCCAUUCGCUCGAAGCUUGA